CACAGGUCAAGUCCAAUUAUGAAUGACAAUAGUCGAAAGUCUUCCUUCGAUGGGGAAGAUGCCCCAAAGGAUUCAAUUGAACAUGUUGAGACUAUGACUAUUGACGAACUCGACACAAUCGAGUCUACCCGGUGCAGCAAGUACGCAUGGCUGGUAUCGAUCACCGCGGCCGUGGGUGGCUUCUUGUUUGGAUAUGACACCGGGAUCAUUUCCUCAAUUCUAGUCGUACUAGGAUCCGACUUGGGAGAAAGUCUGAAUGGAAGCAAUAAGGAAUUCAUCACCUCAAUUACCUCCGGCGGUGCUCUGAUUGAUGCUGUGGUGGCUGGUCUCUGUGCCGACCGAUAUGGACGAAAUUUGGGCAUCUACAAUGGAUGUCUGUUAUUUAUCAUUGGAGUGAUUAUUCAAGGUACAUCAUUUUCUCUCGCCCCGAUGACAGUUGGCCGUUUGGUGGUUGGACUGGGCGUCGGAUCCGCCGCGAUGAUUGUCCCGCUUUAUAUUGCUGAGGUCGCUCCAGCAAAAUACCGUGGGCGGAUGAUUAGCUUGGAUAAACUGUCCAUCACCGCUGGCCAACUCAUCAGCUAUGGCAUUGGUGGCGCUUUUGCGAGUGUGAGUGCUGGUUGGAGAUACAUGGCAACUAUCGGUGCCGUGCCCGCAAUUAUUCUCUGCAUUCUUCUCCCGUUCUGCCCGGAGUCCCCCCGCCAAUUGGUUUAUCACCACAAUCUUGACGAGGCCGCCAGCGUCAUUGCGAAGAUCUUCCCGGAUGGUACUCUCGAGCAGGUACAACAAAAAGUCCAGCAUAUCACAAUCCACGUCGACCAGACUCGAAGCACCCGAAAAAAGCUCUGGUGGCAGAUCAAACAGCUCUAUGUAGUCUCGGCCAAUUUCCGCGCUAUGUUUUCAGCGUGCGGCCUGAUGGCUAUCUCUCAGCUGGGAGGAUUUAACUCUAUCUUGUAUUACUCCGGAACCCUCUUUGCUGCCGUCGGAUUUGAUAGGCCAAUUGCGGUGGGAUCCGUUAUCGCUGCUACAAAUUUCAUUUUCACUUGGUUCAAUCUGUUCCUGGUAGAUCGUGUGGGUCGUCGCCAGAUCCUGAUUCAUACAUUAUGGUUGAUGGCCGCCGCGCUCGCCGUUGCUGCAGUCUGCUUCCACUGGGUUCCCCUGAACCAUGAUCUUGAACUCACCUCCAAUAAGAAUGGCUGGGCCGCAAAUGCGGUGCUUGCCUGCAUGUUCUACGCCAUGGAAGUCCGGGCCAUGGGGACUAUGAUGCUGACCAUGAGCUGCUGGGGCUCGAAUGUCAUCGUGGCAUCUACCUUCUUGACGCAGAUGCAAAAUAUGACACCCUCGGGUGCAUUCGGGUUCUACGCGGGGGUGUGCUUUUUUGGGUGGGUUGGGGUGAUAUUCUGUUAUCCUGACGUGAAGGGCAUGACGCUAGAAGAUAUCCGGACAGUCUUCCAACGCGGGUUUGGAGUGAAAUAUGCACGCGAUCUGCAAAAAGCGGCAAAGCGCAACGCCGGACCGGAGAGUAUGGGGGCGGAUGCGGAGCAGGUUUAA